AUGUUGCCUGCGUUUCAGUCGGGUUAUAUUUCUAUUCUGAACAGCGUGGGAUCGCAUCCGCUGCAGCUGUGGGCACAGCGGGAGGGACCGGGGGGUUGGGUAUUGAAGAAGGGAGACAAGGAGCUGGGGACACCCGCUAUCGAGUUAAGGGGGCUUGUACCUUCUUGCCACGUUUGUUGCCCCCCAGAUCCGCAGAAGGAGCUGUCAAUUAGCCUGCCAGUGUUGGUCCUUAUUGUAAAGAACAUCAACAAGUUGUUUUCCUUUGAAGUGCAGAUUCUGGACAACAAAAAGACAAAAAGACGUUUCAGGGUUUCAAACUUCCAGGCGGUGGCGGGCUCAGCCUUAGAGGAUAUACCCUAG